AUGGUAAACGUCCAAGAAGCGAUGCAGCUUAUCGAAGAGUACGACAAUCUCCGACAGAAAAUGUCGGCAGAUACGGCGGAGUCAGCACAGACAGUUCACAACAAGCGUCGGAAUAACCAUGGAAUGCUUCUGGACGCGCUGAGGGGGUUGAACCUUCUGAUCAACCGUGGGGCCAGUCUCCGAGUUGGAAGGGCCCAAGCAGCGGUGAUCGCUGAAUGUAAGAAGGCAAUCAAGAACAAGAAUGCGGCUACCCUAGUUGGUGUGAUCUCGCAGGGGGGCUAUCUUGGUCCAUUAGCAUGA